CGCUUCGCCUCUUCCUCUCUGAUCAUCAUCAUCCUCGCAGGCCAGCUGUGCUGUUUUGGCAACUGCUGUUUUAGCUUCACAGUCGAUUGAUCGCAGUUUAUGCGAAGGUUUGGUUUCCAGAGCCCCUAUUUGUCUACGCUUUGGGUAAUGGAAAUGGGCCGUGUUCAACAGUUCUGCAACUGGCUAGUUCGAGCUAGCUAGCGAGCUAAUUAGACGCGGGAUUUUGUGCGUGCCUGUGGUCUUUACAGCCAGAAAGCUAAAUAUGAACCUUUGACGUUUCACCCCCUUGAUAUUUGAUACUUUUUCUACCUCUAGAAUCUAGAUACUCUUGGCUUUGGAACGGACAUAAUUUCUCGUUUUGGCUGAGGGCGGAGCAUGACAGACAUGCGAUCCACCAUCCCUCCACCCCGGUGCUUCGUCCGGUCCAAUACGCCGCGGUGUGAGUAGCCCAUCUGGGAAGCGCACAUCAGCAGAAUCCAAUCCUAUGCGCCUCUUGGGUGUCGGGGCGAGAAGGUGCUACUAUUACUUAAGCGCAAUUACGUCGGAGGGAGAGGAGGACGUUGCCUUCCCAUCUCAGGAUUAAACCAUGGCUAAUGAACCUGUCAUCCUUAAUGUGUAUGAUAUGGUAAGAUUGUGUGUUUUCACUCAGUGCCAUUAUUUUGCCUGUGAAUCAAUGUAACAUACUAACCUACUAUUGUCACACACACACAAUAUUUAGUCUCUUUGCACACACACACAUCCACGUUUUGUUCUAUCCUCGUGGGGACCUGAAAUUAAUUUCCAUUCAAAAUCCUAUUUUCCGUAACCCAAACCCUAAACCUAACCACUAACCACUAACCCCUAACCCUAACCCAAACCCUAAACCUAACCACUAACCCCUAACCCUAAUUGUAACCCUAACGCCUAAGCUUAAAAUAGCCUUUGUCCUCAUGGGGUUGUGGGAAAUGUCCCCAACCAGUGAUAAUUUUCCUUGUUUUAUUAUCCUUGUGGGGAUUUUAGGUCCCCACAAUGAUAGAAGAUCCAACCCACACACACACACACACACACACACACACACACACACACACACACACACAGGGAUGGAUUUGACAACCAGGCAGGUGCAUAGUUGGCUCCUCUCCUCCCCUCUGAUAUCUCCAGGCCAGCAGUCACAGAUGAGGACCCCAGUGGAGCUGAAAGUCACAGCUGCUCAAACGCCUGAUUAAAUCCCAGCGUAGCUCUGCUUUGCAGGGAGUAGGGACAGACUGGGACCAGAAAUCGGCACGGGCAUUUCUAACACACCGGCCUAUUUGGAUAACAGUAUUCUGCUUGAAUCCCCCAAUUUAGACCGGCCCGCUGGACUAAAGAUGGACCGGCCCAUCUGGCAUUUGCCCGGACUGCUCUAUGUCUGGGACCCUCUGGCUGGCACACUACAGGUCAUGCAGGGGCUGCUGGAAAAGGGUGCGACCCCAGAGAGAGAAAAGGGUGCGACCCCAGAGAGAGAGAAGGGUGCGACCCUUAGAAAGAGAAGGGUGCGACCCCAGAGAGAGAGAAGGGUGCGACCCCAGAGAGAGAAAAGGGUGCGACACCAGAGAGAGAGAAGGGUGCGACCCCAGAGAGAGAAAAGGGUGCGACCCUUAGAAAGAGAAGGGUGCGACCCCAGAGAGAGAGAAGGGUGCGACCCCAGAGAGAGAAAAGGGUGCGACACCAGAGAGAAAAAAGGGUGCGACCCCAGAGAGAAAGAGAAGGGUGCGACCCCAGAGAGAGAGAAGGGUGCGACCCCAGAGAGAGAGAAGGGUGCGACCCUUAGAAAGAGAAGGGUGCGACCCCAAAGAGAGCGAGAGAAGUGAUCAUGGGUUGGGACUUGGGAGCAAAUUCCAAUUUCUAUUUUCCUCAUUGAAAAGCAAUGAAUUGAGUGAAUUGAAAUGGAAUUCACCCCAACCCUGGUUCGUAGAGUCCUAAACACUUUUUGAAUAACAACAAUAAGGUUAAGACAAGUGAAGACAGGAAUACGUUUGAAUUACUGUACUCUGUGCAUUGAGAGAACUGAAGGAGUGAUGGGUUGAUUUCUAAAAGACAGUGACGCAGAGAGAGAGAGAGAUAGAGAGAGACUGGAGGAUGGGUGUGAAAUGAGGCAUGAUAUUUCUGCAUGGACAGAAAGACAAUUGAAUGUAAUGUGGGAGUCCCUCGGAGACUGCGUGCAGCAUUCCAGCUUUAGACUGAAGAGAUGCGAGACAUGGUUUUACCAGAUACCGAGGCUCUCUUUCAGUGGUGUGCAGAUCAAAAUCAUCAAAUGUUAUUUGUCACGUGUGCCGAAUACAGCACCGUGAAAUGCUUACUUACAAGCCCUUAACUAACAAUGCAGUUCAAGAAAUAGAGUUAAGAAAAUAUUUACUAAAUAAACUAAAGUAAAAAAAAUUAAAAUAAAGUAACACAAUAAAAUAACAAUAGCGAGGUUGUAUACAGGGAGUACCGGUACCGAGUCAAUGUGCGGGGGUACAGGUUAGUCAAGGUAAUAGUACAUGUAGGUAGGGGUAAAGUGACUUUAAAUAGUCCGUGUGGCCAUUUGAUUAAUUGUUCAGAAGUCUUAUGGCUUGGGGGUAGAAGCUGUUAAGGAGCCUUUUGGACCUAGACUUGGCACUCCGGUACCACUUGCCGUGCGGUAGCAGAGAGAACAGUCUCCUGAGGGGGAAAAGGUGUUGUCGUGCCCUCUUCCCGACUGUCUUGGUGUGUUUGGAUCAUGAUAGUUUGUUGGUGAUGUGGACACCAAGGAACUUGAAACUCUCAACCUGCUCCACUACAGCCCCGUCGAUAUGAAUGGGGACGCGUUCGGCCCUUCUUUUCCUGUAGUCUACAAUCAUCUCCUUUGUCUUGCUCACGUUGAGGAAAAUCAAAUCAAAUCAAAUCAAAUUUUAUUGGUCACAUGCGCCGAAUACAACAGGUGCAGACAUUACAGAGAAAUGCUUACUUACAGCCCUUAACCAACAGUGCAUUUAUUUUAAACAAAAAAAGUAAGAAUAAAACAACAACAAAAAAAGUGUUGAGAAAAAAAGAGCAGAAGUAAAAUAAAGUGACAGUAGGGAGGCUAUAUAUACAGGGGGGUACCGUUGCAGAGUCAAUGUGCGGGGGCACCGGCUAGUUGAGGUAGUUGAGGUAAUAUGUACAUGUGGGUAGAGUUAAAGUGACUAUGCAUAAAUACUUAACAGAGUAGCAGCAGCGUAAAAAGGAUGGGGUGGGGGGGCAGUGCAAAUAGUCCGGGUAGCCAUGAUUAGCUGUUCAGGAGUCUUAUGGCUUGGGGGUAGAAGCUGUUGAGAAGUCUUUUGGACCUAGACGAGGUUGUUGUCCUGGUACCACACUGCCAGGUCUCUGACCUCCCUAUAGGCUGUCUUGUCUGUGAUCAGGCCUACCACCGUUGUGUCGUCAGCGAACUUAAUGAUGGUGUUGGAGUCGUGCUUGGCCACGCAGUCGUGGGUGAACAGGGAGGACAGGAGGGGACUAAGCACUAAGACUAAGAUAGUGUCAAAUUCAAAUGAAAGACCAAUAACAUAGAACUCCAGAACUCUAGUCCACAAAAUAAAGUUAGCUUCUUUGCAUUAUCAGUCCACCAAUUCUAAAAAAAAAAGACGGAAUAGUUAGCUGAAUACCAUAUGUGAGAGCCUGCAACAGUAAGCUUACAGGUAGUGUUUUGAAGACACUGUCAUUUCACUAGCACCGUGUCAGUCAGGAAAGUAUUUAUUAUUAAUGGAGGGUCCAGCUGGUGGGAUGUGAAUGUCUUUUACCCCCCCCCCAUCCCACACACAAGGGUACAGGAGAAGGUCUGAUCGUUAGCACAGACUGGAACAUGUUCCGGGAUUCAUCCGAUGGCAUUGAGGAGUUUACCACAUCAGUCACCGGCUUCAUUAAUAAGUGCAUCGACGACGUCGUCCCAACAGUGACCGUACGUAAAUAUCUCAACCAGAAGCCUUGGAUUACAGGCAUUUUCCGCACUGAGCUAAAGGCUAGAGCUGCUGCUUUCAAGGAGCGGGACACUAAUCCGGAAGCUUUUAAGUAAUCCCGCUACGCCCUUCGAUGAACCAUCAAACAGGCAAAGCGUCAAUAUAGGAUCAAGAUCUAGUCUUACUACACCGGCUUUGACGCUUGUCGGAUGUGGUAGGGCUUGCAAACUAUCACGGAUUACAAAGUGAAAACCAGCCGCGAAGCUCUCCAGUGACGCAAGCCUACCAGACGAGCUACGUACCUUCUAUGAUCGCUACGAGGCAAGCAACACUGAACCAUGCAUGAGAGCACCAGCUAUUACGGACGACUGUGUGAUCACGCUCUCUGUAGCUGAUGUGUGUAAGACCUUUAAACAGGUUAACAUUCACAAAGCCGCAGGGAGCGUCAUUUUCAACCUCUCCCUGACCCAGUCUGUAAUACCUACAUGUUCCAAGCAGACCACCAUAGUCCCUGUGCCCAAGAACGCUAAGGUAACCUGCCUAAAUGACUAUCGGUACAAAGCACCCACAUCUGUAGCCAUGAAAUGCUUUGAAAGGCUGUUCAUGGUUCACAUCAACACCAUCAUCCCAGACACCCUGGGCCCACUCCAAUUUGUAUACCGCCCCAACAGAUCCACAGAUGACGUAAUCUCUAUUGCACUCCACACUGUCCUUUCCCACCUGGACAAAGGGAACACCUACAUGAGAAUGCUGUUCAUUGACUACAGUUCAGCAUUCAAUACCAUAGUGUCCUCCAAGCUCAUCACUAAGCUAAGGACCCUGGGACUAAACACCUCCCUCUGCAACUGGAUCAUGGACUUCCUGCCGGGCCGCCCCCAGGUGGUGAGGGUAGGCAACAACACAUCCGCCACGCUGACCCUCAGCACGGGGGCCCCUCAGCUUUAAGUUCAUUGGUGUGUCCACAUCACUAAGGAAUUUUCAUGGUCCACACACACCAACACAGUCGUGAAGAGGGCACGACAAUGCAUCUCCCCCUCGGGAGGCUGAAAAGAUUCAGCAUGGGCCCUUAGAUCCUCAAAAAGUUAUACAGUUGCACCAAUGAGAGCAUCUUGACUGGCUGCAUCACCGCUUGGUAUGGCAACUGCUUGGCAUCCGACAGCUAGGCGCUACAGAGGAUAGUGCAUACCGCCCAGUCACUGGGGCCGAGCUCCCUGCCAUCCAGGACCUCUAUACCAGGCGGUGUUCAGAGGAAGGUCCUAAAAAUUGUAAAAUACUCCAGCAAGCCUAGUCAUAGACUGUUCUCUCUGCUGCCGCACGGCAAGCGGUACCAAUGCACCAAGUCUGGAACCAACAGGAACCCUGAACAGCUUCUACCCCCAAGCUAAAUACAGUGCAUUCUGAAAGUAUUCAGACCCCUUUGACUGUUUUCCACAUUUUGUUACGUUACAGCCUUAUUCUAAAAUGGAUAGUUUUUCCCGUCAUCAAUCUACACACAAUACCCCAUAAUGACAAAGCAAAAACUAAAAAUAAGAAACUGAAAUAUCGCAUUUACAUAAGAAUUCAGACCCUUUACUAAGUACUUUGUUGAAGCACCUUUGGCAGCGAUUACAGCCUCGAGUCUUCUUGGGUAUGACGCUACAAGUUUGGCACACCUGUAUUUGGGGAGAUUUCUCCCAUUCUUCUCUGCAGAUCCUCUCAAGCUCUGUCAGGUUGGAUGGGGAGCGUCGCUGCACAGCUAUUUUCAGGUCUCCCAGAGAUGUUAGAUCGGGUUCAAGUCGGAGCUCUGGCUGACCAAAGCCCUUCUCCCCCGAUGGCUCAGUUUGGCCGGGCGGCCAGCUCUAGGAAGAGUCUUGGUGGUUCCAAACUUCUUCCAUUUAAGAAUGAUGGAGGCCACUGUGUUCUUGGGGACCUUCAAUGCUGCAGACACAUUUUAGUACCCUUACCCAUAUCUGUGCUUAGACACAAUCCUGCUCUGACAUGCACUGUCAACUAUGGGACCUUAUAUAGACAGGUGUGUGCCUUUCCAAAUCACAGGUGGACUCCAAUCAAGUUGUAGAAACAUCUCAAGGAUGAUCAAUGGAAACAGGAUGCACCUAAGCUCAAUUUCGAGUCUCAUAGCAAAAGGUCUGAAUACUUAUCUAAAUUAGGUAUUUCUGUUUUUUAUUUGUAAUACAUUUGCACACAUUUCUAAAAACCUGUUUUUCGCUUUGUCAUUACGGGGUAUUGUGUGUAGAUUUAAUUUAAUCCAUUUUAGAAUAAGGCUGUAACGUAACAACAUGUGGAAAACAGGAAGGAGUCUGAAUACUUUCUGAAUGCUCUGUAGUUAGUCCGAGUAGUUAUUGGUUACUAUUUAACUAUCUGCACUGACACUUUCUGCACAGGGGUUAUAUCCUGCCUGGUUGGCCCUGUCCUAUCUGGUGAAAUUCUCCUGUCUUAUCUGGUGUCCUAUGUGAACUUAAGUAUGCUCCCUCAAAUUCUCCCAUCUCUCUCGCUCACUCGCUCUCUUUCUCUCCCCCCCCCCCCCCCACCACUUCCUCCCGGAGGACCUGAGCCCUAGGAUCAUGCUUCAGGACUCCAGGCUGUCCCCGUCCCCAGUCCACUUGGUCGUACUGCUGAACCCAGUUUCUGCUGUUUUGCCUGCGGCUAUGGAACCCUGACCUGUUCCCCCGGGACGUGGUACCUUGUCCUGGACCUACUGUUUUCGACCCUCUCUCUCCCACUCCCCCCCCCCCCUCUCUCUCUACCGCACCUGCUGUCUCGACCUCUGAAUGCUCGGCUAUGAAAAGCCAACUGACAUUUACUCCUGAGGUGCUGACCUGUUGCACCCUCUACAACCACUGUGAUUAUUAUUUGACCCUAUGAACGUUUGAACAUCUUGAAGAACGAUCUGGCCUUAAUGGCCAUGUACUCUUAUAAUCUCCACCCGGCACAGCCAGAAGGGACUGGCCACCCCUCAGAUCCUGGUUCCUCUCUAGGUUUCUUCCUAGGUUCCUGCCUUUCUAGGAAGUUUUCCUAGCCACCGUGCUUCUACAUCUGCAUUGCUUGCUGUUUGGGGUUUUAGGCUGGGUUUCUGUAUAGCACUUUGUGACAUCUGCUGAUGUAAAAAAGGCUUUAUACAUUAAUUUGAUUUGAUUUUGACUAACUCUUUUGACUCAUCACGUACACAGCUGUUACUGUUUAUUAUCUAUCCUGUUGCCUAGUCACUCUAUCACUCUACCCCGGGUAUAUAGCCAUGUUAUUACCUGGUACCCCGGGUAUAUAGCCAUGUUAUUACCUGGUACCCCUGCACAUCCACUCAGUACUGGUACCCUGUGUAUAUAGCCAUGUUAUUACCUGGUACCCGGUGUAUAUAGCCAUGUUAUUACCUGGUAGACCCCUGGAUAUAAUAGCCAUGUUAUUACCUGGUACCCUGGUAUAUAGCCAUGUUAUACCUGGUAACCCCGGGUAUAUAGCCAUGUUAUUACCUGGUACCCUGGGUAUAUAGCCAUGUUAUUACCUUGUACCCCGUCACCACCCCGGGUAUAUAGCCAAUGUUAUUUACCUGGUACACCCGGGUAGAUAGCCAUGUUAUUACCUGGUACCCACUGCACAUCCACUCAGUACUGGGUACCUGUGUAUAUAGCCAGGUUAUUACCGGGUACCUGUGUAUAUACAGUUAUUUCCUGUACCUCCGGGUAUUCCCUGUUACCCCCCGGGUAUUUAGUCCAUGUUAUUGAACCUGGUACCCCCCCGGGUAUUUAGGCCAUGUUUAUUACCUGGUAACCCCUGGGUAUAUAGCCAUGGUUAUUACUGGUACCCCCGGGUAUAUAGCCAUGUUAUUACCUGGACCUGCACACAUCAGUACGGUCCCGGUAUAUAGCCAUGUUAUUACCUGGGUACCUGGGUAUAUAGCCAUGUUAUACCUGGUACCCCGGGUAUAUAGCCAUGUUAUUACCUGGUACCCCCCUGCAUCCUCAGUACUGGUACCCUGAUAUAGCCAUGUUAUUACCUGGUACCCUGUGUAUGCCAUGUUUCCCUGGUACCCGGUAUUAGCCAUGUUAUUACCUGGUACCCCGGUAUUUAGCCAUGUUAUUAACUGGUACCGGGGGAUAGCCAUGUAUAACUGGUUACCCCGGGUAUUAUAGUCCAUGUAUACUGGUACCCCAGGUUAUAGCCUGUUAUUACUGGUACCCGGGUAUUAGCCAUGUUAUUACCUGGUACCCCGGGUAUUUAGCCAUGUUAUUACCUGGUACCCCGGGUAUUUAGCCAUGUUAUUACCUGGUACCCCGGGUAUUUAGCCAUGUUAUUACCUGGUACCCCGGGUAUAUAGCCAUGUUAUUACCUGGUACCCCUGCACAUCCACUCAUUAUGGAUUUAUCGUUGUGUUAUUAUUUUUCUAUUAUUUUUCUCUCUGCAUUGUUGGGAAGGGCCCGGAAGCAUUUCACUGUUAGUCUACACCUGUUGUUUACGAAGCCUGGCAAAUAACAUUUGAUUUGAUUUGGGGAGGAGAUAGGAUCUGUGGGGGAUGGGAUGUUACCAAAGGUCUGGGGCCAUAUGUAUAAAGUUGAUCUAGGAUCAGGCCUUCCCUGUCCAUGUAACCUUGUUAAUUGUGAUCUAAAAGGCUAAACUGAAAUCAGCACUUCUACUCUGAGACUCCUGAUAACCUAAUUACAGCCCCUGAUUGGUCGAGCAUGGCGCUUGUAACUCCAGGGUAGUGGGUUCGAUCCCCGGGACCACCCAUACGUAAAAAUGUAUGCACACAUGACUGUAAGUCGCUUUGGAUAAAAGCGUCUGUUAAAUGGUAUAUUAUUAUUAUUAUUAUUAUUAUAAGAGGGGGUUUCUGUGGGGGUAAGGAAUAGGGGUGUUAACACCACCGCACGUGUAGAUGAAAUAUGAGUAGCAUCCCUUACCUUCCCCUCCCCCAACGGUGUUUCUGUGAACAGGUGCUUGGUGGUCAGACCUGCUUCUAUUAACAUUUUGAUUACAAUUUACUUCGCAUACAUUUCAGGAUUUUAAAUGAAAAUACAAAACAUGCAAACUCACUCUCAUAGGACGAUUCAAAGGAAAAAAACAUCAUUCUAACCAUUCCAGGACAUUGCAUUCUAACUGUUGAAUCUUUCUUUCUCUAUUCAGUACUGGAUCAACGAGUACACUUCCAAUCUGGGUGUUGGAGUCUACCACUCAGGCAUUGAGAUCUAUGGCCGAGGUACAGAGGAAGACCUUCACUACUUUUUCAUUCAUACAUCCAGCCAUUCACUCACUCACUCACUCACUCACUCACUCACUCACUCACUCACUCACUCAUUCAAAUCAGUGUGCUGUUGGCUAAAUGGAAUGUUAAUGUGGAAUGUUAGAUGUGGAAUGUCUCUCCACAGCUUCUAUCCCAUUGAGAUUCUAUCAUUUUGUGUUCUAUCCUCCUGAACCCACUCACCAUUGAAUCAUAAUGUGUGGAGAGAGCAAGAGAGUUUAGCAUCAACCCACAGAGAGACAGACAGACAGACAGACAGGACAGACGGACUGACUGACUGGUCUUAUUCAUAAUGCCCUCAGUCACAGGCUGUACCUAGAAGAUAUUGUGGUCUGCUACAUCAUACACUUUUUUUUAUAUCCUAUAAAAGUGACACGUCAUUUUCCAGGAAGUAGCCUUGUAGUUUAAAAAACAACAACGUUUGUAGUCUUUUUGAAUGGUCUUCAACGAGCAAAAAUGUAGAGCAAUGGUCUUCAGCAAAACACUUAAUAAAAGGCAUCUGGCUGAAGUAAAUUCAUCCACAAACCCAAAUAAAAUGUUAUGUAUAUCUUACAUGACCGCAUUUUCACGAAUUUGAUAAUAUAAUCGUCAAGUCCAUUCAAAAGAUUAGGGGACAUGACCCGGAAGUAACGCGGAAGAUGACGUAACUUUCACAGGGUAUUCCACACGAUAUCUUCUCACAUCACACGAUAUCUUCUCACACCACAUGAUAUUUUCUCACACCACACAAUAUCUUCUCACACAAUAUUUUCUCACACCACAUGAUAUCUUCUCACACCACACAAUAUCUUCUCACACGAUAUCUUCUCACUCCACACGAUAUCUUCUCACUCCACACGAUAUCUUCUCACACCACACGAUAUCUUCUCACACGAUAUCUUCGAAACACAACACAAUAUCUUCUCACUCCACACAAUAUCUUCUCAUACGAUAUCUUCUAAUGCCACACAAUAUCAUCUCACACCACACGAUAUAUUCUCACACCACACGAUAUCUUCUCACACCACACGAUAUCUUCCCACACCACACGAUAUCAUCUCACACCACACGAUAUCUUCUCACGCCACACGAUAUCUUCUCACAGCCACACAAUAUCUUCUCACACCACACAAUAUCUUCUCACGCCACACAAUAUCUUCUCACGCCACACAAUAUCUUCUCACGCCACACAAUAUCUUCUCACACCACACAAUAUCUUCUCACACCACACAAUAUCUUCUCACGCCACACGAUAUCUUUUCACACCACACAAUAUUUUCUCACGCCACACGAUAUCUUCUCACGCCACACAAUAUCUUCUCACACCACACAAUAUCUUCUCACACAAUAUUUUCUCACACCACAUGAUGUCUUCUCACACCACACGAUAUCUUCUCACACCACACAAUAUCUUCUCACACGAUAUCUUCUCACUCCACACGAUAUCUUCUCACACCACACAAUAUCUUCUCACACGAUAUCUUCGAAACACAACACAAUAUCUUCUCACUCCACACAAUAUCUUCUCAUACGAUAUCUUCUAAUGCCACACAAUAUCAUCUCACACCACACCAUAUAUUCUCACACCACACGAUAUCUUCUCACACCACACGAAUCUUCCUCCACACCACACGAUAUCAUCCUCACACCACACGAUAUCUUCACCCCACACGAUAUCCUUCUCACCACACAUAUCUUCUCACACCACACAAUAUCUUCUCACGCCACACAAUAUCUUCUUCACGCCACACAAUAUCUUCUCACACCACAACAAUAUCUUCUCACACCACCACAAUAUCUUCUCACCCACACGAUAUCUUUUCACGCCACACGAUAUCUUUUCACGCCACACGAAUAUCUUCUCACACCACACAAUAUCUUCUCACACCACACAAUAUCUUCUCACCACAUAUUUCUCACACCACAUGAUUCUUCUCACACCACACUAAUAUCCUUCUCACACCACACAAUAUCUUCUCACACGAUAUCUUCCACUCCACACGAUAAUCUUCUCACACCACACACAUAUCUUCUCACACGAUAGCUCUCUCACUCCACACAAUAUUUUCUCACGCCACACGAUAUCUUCUCACACCGAAUACUUCAACCAACACAAUAUCUUCUCACCCACACAAUUUCUUCUCACACAUAUCUCCUCACACCACACAUAUCUUCUCACCCACAGAUAUCUUCGAACACACACAAUAUUUUCUCACCCACACAAUUUCUUCUCAGCCACACAAUAUCUUCUCACUCCACACAAUAUCUUCCCUCACACGAUACUCUCACAGCCACACAAUAUCUUCGAAACACCACACAUUAUCUCCACACGAUAUCUUCUCACACCACACAAUUUCUUCUCACACUACACGAAUUCUCACACCACACGAUAUCUUCUCACGCCACACAAUAUCUUCUCAACACCACACAUAUCUUCUCACACCACACAAUAUCUUCUCACGCCACACAAUAUCUUUCUCACCCACACGAUAUCUUCUCACGCCACACAUAUCUUCUCACACCACACAAUUCUUCCACCCACAAUAUCUACCACACGAUAUCAUCUCACGCCAACACAAUAUCUUCUCACACCACACGAUAUCUUCUCACACGAUAUCUUCAACACACACACAAUAUUUCUCACUCCACACUAUUCGAACGAUAUCUUCUCACGCCACACAAUAUCUUCUCACCAACACAUAUUUCUCACACCACACGAUAUCUUCUCACGCCACACGAUAUCUUCCCCACCACACAUAUCAUUUUCACACACACACGAUAUCUUCUCACGCCACACGAUAUCUUCUCACACCACACAAUAUUCUUCUCACACCACACAAUAUCUUCUCACGCCACACGAAUAUCUCUCACCCACACAAUAUCUUCUCACACCACACAGAUAUCAUCUCAGCACAGUCAUCUUUUCCCCACACAAUAUCUUCUCACGCCACACGAUAUCUUCUCACGCCACACAUAUCUUCUCACACCACACAUAUCAUCUCCACUAUGCCACACCAAUGAUCUUCUCACACCACACGAUAUCUUCUCACACCACACGAUAUCUUUCACACAGUUCUAUCCACCGAUUUUUAACCGACAGAUUUCUCACGAUAUCUUUCUCACCACCAUGUAAUUUCGACGACGAUACAUUCACGAUUUCAAAUUACAACACAUAUCUCCACCCAUCACAUCUUCUAUCUCACGAUAUCUCUCACACCACACGAUACCCACAGUAUAUUUCGAAAAUCACCCUGAACACCACACAAUGCUUUAAAGAACUCCCUCCAAACAAUGAUUCUCUACAUAUCCAAGACCACACCACAACUUCGACAACACACCAACUUAUUUCACACUACACGAAUCUCCACGCACACAUGUUCUACAACAGUGCUUCUCAGUCACAAAAUGUUGUCAUGCCCAUGUUUUCACACAAACAAUGCAGACCAAAAAUACUUCUAUUGCAAGUACUGUUUGACACGACACAUAUGUUCUGAACGCUCACGAUAUCUUCUUACGCAGAAUAUGUGUUGGACAGAUGACAUAUGCUUCCAUCACCGAUCAUCUCAACCACACAAUAUCUUCUCACACCACACGAUAUCUUCUCACAUGAUAUCUUCUCACACCACACAAUUUCUUCUCACACUACACGAUAUCUUCUCACGCCACACAAUAUCUUCUCACGCCACACAAUAUCUUCUCACACACCACACGAUAUCUUCUCACGCCACACGAUAUCUUCUCACGCCACACAAUAUAUUUUCACACCACACGAUAUCUUCUCACGCCACACGAUAUCUUCUCACACCACACAAUAUUUUCUCACACCACACAAUAUCUUCUCACGCCACACGAUAUCAUCUCACGCCACACGAUAUCUUCUCACACCACACGAUAUCAUCUCACGCCACACAAUAUCUUCUCACGCCACACGAUAUCAUCUCACGCCACACGAUAUCUUCUCACACCACACGAUAUCAUCUCACGCCACACGAUAUCUUCUCACACCACACGAUAUCUUCUCACACCACACGAUAUCUUCUCACACCACACGAUAUCUUGCGACACAGUUCGUGCACCUUUGUUGGAACGCGACAGCAUUUACUGUCUCUUUUCUUUCUCACACCUGUAAUGUGAGCGAUGAUACAUUACUGAUGUUCAAUUGACCCAAUAUACUCCCUUAUUCUCAUCUUUAUUACAGAGUUUGCAUAUGGAGGUCAUCCGUACCCAUUUAGUGGUAUAUUUGAAAUAAACCCUGGAAACACCACUGAAUUAGGAGAGACCUUCAAAUUCAAGUGAGUUUACAUUAUCACAGACACACACACACACACACACACACACACAGACACACACACACACACACACACACACAGGGUUCUACAAAGUGCCUAGUCACAUAAAAAGGGGUCAAUGGCCGCUGUUUCACAACAGAAACAAGGGGGGGAAAAAAUACUCUUGUUUUGUAGUACUGUAUUGAGAGGAGCAGGCUAGGCUUACUGAACGGCUGCCUGGUAUUCCUUCAUUGUAGCAGAAUGGAUGGUGUUUGGGACAGGAGUGACUGAUACUGGUUUCUAUACAGGGAGAUAAAUGAGAGGCUUGCACACAGAAUAUUUUCUUGUUGAAACGUUGUAAAAUUUGGGUUCAGGAAUAAAGUACAGAGGAGCAGUAAUAUAUUCGGUGUGUGUGGAACUUGCAUUCCUUUAUCACAGUAUUAUUUUAGCCCAGUGUAAAUGGGAUUUUCAAGUGAACAAGAGAAUAGCAGUCGCGGAUAUAGUCAAUCGUAAAUCAAUUUUGGUUUAAUACAAGUUGCAACAGGGAGACACCUCCAGUAGGGAUUAACACCAGUAACUGGGUUACAAAAAAAAUAACUUUAAUGACAAGACCCGGGAAAUUACAACAUUUUCAAAAUACAUAAUAUAUGGACCAGCAGAUUGCCACAUUUUUUUAAAGCACAUUAUCAAAACAGUUUGUUGCAUGGAAUCCUUUAGCCUAGCCUUGUUACGCUAUGGUUAAACCCAUGGAAUCCUUUAGCCUAGCCUACUGUAUUUAGGCUACUUCCCACGAAGUCGCCAUCAUUUCAAGGCAUAAUUGACACACGAGCCCGAACCCGUAAAAAAAGCCAGAUUUCUAGAAAAUCUAAUGAAAUCAAAUUGUAAGUUUUUUAGAAAUGCUUGUAAAUGUAUUAAAAAUAAAAAACAGAAAUACCUCAUUUACAUAAGUAUUCAGACCCUUUGCUAUGAGACUACAACUUGAUUGGAGUCCACCUGUGGUAAAUUGAUUGGACAUGAUUUGGAAAGGCACACACCUGUCUAUAUAAGGUCCCACAGUUGACAGUGCAGGUCAGAGCAAAAACCAAGCCAUGAGGUCGAAGGAAUUGUCCGUAGAGCUCCAAGACAGGAUUGUGUCGAGGCACAGAUCUGGGGAAGGGUACCAAAACAUUUCUGCAGCAUUGAAGGUCCCCAAGUGGCCUCCAUCAUUCUUAAAUGGAAGGAGUUUGGAACCACCAAGACUCUUCCUAGAGCUGGCCGCCUGGCCAAACUGAGCAAUCGGGGGAGAAGGGCCUUGGUCAGGGAGGUGACCAAGAACCCGAUGAUCACUCUGACAGAGCUCUAGAGUUCCUCUGUGGAGAUGAGAGAACCUUCCAGAAGGACAACCAUCUCUGCAGCACUCCACCAAUCAGGUCUUUAUGGUAGAGUGGCCAGAUGGAAGCCACUCCUCAGUAAAAUGCACAUGACAGCCCGCUUGGUGUUUGCAAAAAGGCACCUUAAGACUCUCAGACCAUGAGAAACAUGGUGGUCCCCUGUAGCUCAGUUGGUAGAGCAUGGCGCUUGCAACCCCAGGGUUGUGGGUUAGUUUCCCACGGGGGGCCAGUAUGAAAAUGUAUGCACUCACUAACUGUAAGUCGCUCUGGAUAAGAGCGUCUGCUAAAUUACUAAAUUGUAAAUGUAAACAAGAUUCUGGUCUGAUGAAACCAAGAUUGAACUCUUUGACCUGAAUGCCAAGCGUCACGUCUGGAGGAAACCUGGCACCAUCCCUACCCUGAAGCAUGGUGUUGGUGGCAGCAUCAUGCUGUGGGGAUGUUUUUCAGCGCUAGGGACUGGGAGACUAGUCAGGAUCGAGGGAAAGAUGAACGGAGCAAAGUACAGAGAGAUCCUUAAUGAAAACCUGCUCCAGAGUGCUCAGGACCUCAGACUAAGGUGGUUUCACCUUCCAACAGGACAACGACCCUAAGCACACAGCCAAGACAACGCAGGAGUGGCUUCGGGACAAGUCUCUGAAUGUCCUUGAGUGGCCCAGCCAGAGCCUGGACUUGAACCCAAUUGAACAUCUCUGGAGAGACCUGAAAAUAUCUGUGCAGCAAUGCUCCCCAUCCAAUCUGACAGAGCUUGAGAUGAUCUGCAGAGAAAAUUGGGAGAAACUCCCCAAAUACAGGUGUGCCAAGCUUGUAGCGUCAUACCCAAGAAGACUCGAGGCUGUAAUCACAUAUGUAAAUGUGAUAUUUCAGUUUUUUAUUUUUAAUAAACUAGUAUAAAUUUCUAAACACCUGUUUUUGCAUUGUCAUUAUGGAGUAUUGUGUGUAGAUUGAUGAGGGGGGAAAAAAAACAAUUUAAUACAUGUUAGAAGAAGGCUGUAACGUAACAAAAUGUGGAAAAAGUCAAGGGGUCUGAAUACUUUCCGAAGGCACUGUAUACUGCAGGAGGUUGGUGGCACCUUAAUUAGGGAGGAAUAAGUGGAAUGGUAUCAAACACAUGGUUUCUACAGUGGGGGAAAAAAAGUAUUUAGUCAGCCACCAAUUGUGCAAGUUCUCCCACUUAAAAAGAUGAGAGAGGCCUGUAAUUUUCAUCAUAGGUACACGUCAACUAUGACAGACAAAAUGAGAAAGAAAAUUCCAGAAAAUCACAUUGUAGGAUUUUUAAUGAAUUUAUUUGCAAAUUAUGGUGGAAAAUAAGUAUUUGGUCAAUAACAAAAGUUACUCAAUACUUUGUUAUAUACCCUUUUGUUGGCAAUGACACAGGUCAAACGUUUUCUGUAAGUCUUCACAAUGUUUUCACACACUGUUGCUGGUAUUUUGGCCCAUUCCUCCAUGCAGAUCUCCUCUAGAGCAGUGAUGUUUUGGGGCUGUCGCUGGGCAACACGGACUUUCAACUCCCUCCAAAGAUUUUCUAUGGGGUUGAGAUCUGGAGACUGGCUAGGCCACUCCAGGACCUUGAAAUGCUUCUUACGAAGCCACUCCUUCGUUGCCCGGGCGGUGUGUUUGGGAUCAUUGUCAUGCUGAAAGACCCAGCCACAUUUCAUCUUCAAUGCCCUUGCUGAUGGAAGGAGGUUUUCACUCAAAAUCUCACGAUACAUGGCCCCAUUCAUUCUUUCCUUUACACGGAUCAGUCAUCCUGGUCCCUUUGCAGAAAAACAGCCCCAAAGUAUGAUGUUUCCACCCCUAUGCUUCACAGUAGGUAUGGUGUUCUUUGGAUGCAACUCAUCAUUCUUUGUCCUCCAAACACGACGAGUUGAGUUUUUACCAAAAGGUUCUAUUUUGGUUUCAUCUGACCAUAUGACAUUCUCCCAAUCCUCUUCUGGAUCAUCCAAAUGCACUCUAGCAAUCUUCAGACGGGCCUGGACAUGUACUGGCUUAAGCAGGGGGACACGUCUGGCACUGCAGGAUUUGAGUCCCAUGCGGCGUAGUGUGUUACUGAUGGUAGGCUUUGUUACUUUGGUCCCAGCUCUCUGCAGGUCAUUCACUAGGUCCCCCCGUGUGGUUCUGGGAUUUUUGCUCACCGUUCUUGUGAUCAUUUUGACCCCACGGGGUGAGAUCUUGCGUGGAGCCCCAGAUCGAGGGAGAUUAUCAGUGGUCUUGUAUGUCUUCCAUUUCCUAAUAAUUGCUCCCACAGUUGAUUUCUUCAAACCAAGCUGCUUACCUAUUGCAGAUUCAGUCUUCCCAGCCUGGUGCAGGUCUACAAUUUUGUUUCUGGUGUCCUUUGACAGCUCUUUGGUCUUGGCCAUAGUGGAGUUUGGAGUGUGACUGUUUGAGGUUGUGGACAGGUGUCUUUUAUACUGAUAACAAGUUCAAACAGGUGCCAUUAAUACAGGUAACGAGUGGAGGACAGAGGAGCCUCUUAAAGAAGAAGUUACAGGUCUGUGAGAGCCAGAAAUCUUGCUUGUUUGUAGGUGACCAAAUACUUAUUUUCUACCAUAAAUUGCAAAUAAAUUCAUUAAAAAAUCCUACAAUGUGAUUUUCUGGAUUUUCUUUCCUCAAUUUGUCUGUCAUAGUUGACGUGUACCUAUGAUGAAAAUUACAGGCCUCUCUCAUCUUUUUAAGUGGGAGAACUUGCACAAUUGGUGGCUGACUAAAUACUUUUUUUCCCCACUGUAUGUGUUUAAUGCCAUUCCAUUUGCGUCGUUCCAGCCAUUAUUAUGAGCCGUCCUCCCUUCAGCAGCCUCCACUGAUGUAUAUUCCUUCCUCCCAUUCCUCCAGCCAAAUCACAGGUAGGCCUUUGCAAAUAUGAGCAAAUCAGCCAUUCUAUGUAGUAUUCUAUUAUACACUGAACAGUGUGAAGUUAAGUUAAAUGUGUUGUAUUGAGUAGAAGUGUGGAUUUCAGUGACAGGUUUUUGGAGAACGUUUAGAAAACGUGAACAAGCGUCGGGGGGAACGAACAGGAUUCUAGGAAACUGAUUUCUUUCCACCGUGGUAUCGUGAUACUACUCGGUAUCAUGAUACUUGGCCUGGUAUCAUAUCGUUUGUAAAAUGUUGGUAUCGUGACAACACUAAUUGCUUCCAUUCCUAGUACAGUGUACAGUCAGCAGCAAGCAGUUUAGCAGUUAAACCGGCGGGCUCCGGUGGCAAUAAAUUAAUACAACCUAAAGCUUACCUUGACUUGGAAGAGUUCCAGUGUUGGAUAGUCAUAGCCAGCUAGCUAACAUAGCAUCCCUCUCUGUUUGAGUCGGGUGUUUGAGUAGGCUAAACUAGCUAGCUGCAUUGGCUAGCUAAGUAAGUGAAAGUAAAAUAUAUAUAUAUCCCCAGCCUCUCUUGCUUCUCCUUCAUUUUUUAAGGAAUCAAAACUGUUCAACUAUUGUCUUUCUCUCUCUCUUUGAGUCAACUACUCACCACAUUUUAUGCACUGCAGUGCUAGCUAGCUGUAGCUUAUGCUUUCAAUAUUAGAUUCAUUCUCUGCUCCUUUGAUUGGGUGGACAACAUGUCAGUUCAUGCUGCAAGAGCUCUGAUAGGUUGGAGGACGUCCUCCGGAUGUUGUCAUAAUUACUGUGUAAGUCUAUGGAAGGGAGUGAGAACCAAGAGCCUCCUUGGUUUUGUAUGGAAGUCAAUGUACCCAGAGGAGGACGGAAAGUAGCUGUCCUCCGGCUACAUCCUGGUGCUACUGUACAGAGUGCUGUUGAGGCUACUGUAGACCUUCUUUGCAAAACAGUGUGUUUUAAUCAAUUAUUUGGUGACGUGAAUAUAUUUAGUAUAUUUUUAUCUAAAAAUGAUAACUUUUAAUGUUACACUAUUUUUAUUUAUAGGAAAUUCACUUAGGAGGAUGGUCCUCCCCUUCCUCCUCCGAGGAGCUUCCACUGGUGUGAAGGCCAGUGACAAAAAAUCUCAAUUUGAUCCAUUUUAAAUUCAGGCUGUAACGCAACAAAAUGUGGAAAGAGUCAAGGGGUGUGAAAACUUUCUGAAGGUCCGUUAGACCAUUUUCUCUGCUUCUGUGCUGGAGGUUAUGGAUUAAUAUUUUCCAGAAAAUCUACCAAGUUUCAAUACCGGGAAUAAUUCAUAUUUAUCCAGAGAAUCCCGGGAAAUACCGCAAAAAUGCCAAUUUCUAAGCGUUUUAAAACCAAGAUUUGGUCACUAUGCCAGGGUUCUCCCGAAAUAAGAUUGUCGCUGCGCCACACUGCCGGCUGACUGUGUACAGAUUUCACAGCAAGUGAAACUGAUAGUGAUACAGUGACUUUGAUCGCCAAUGACGUUGUUGUGAAUUGCAAAACAGGCCAUUCAUAAAUUCAGAGCGUUAUCAUGUUCCUCAAUUAUUAAUUCAGUGCAUUUCAGCAGUAGGCCUUGGCUAUCUCGACACAGAACGCGCUCAGGACUCACAGAGCGCGCCCCCCGAGGAGGCUAUAGCGUUGUCGAAUCAUACAAACUUUGUAACGGCAGUCUAACAAAGGUCAAAUGACCGAAGUUGCUAAGUUUGCUAGAUAACCUCCAACGAAUGACAGAAUAUCUCCUAUUUGUCAAAAUCGAGUUGAUAAUUAUACAGAUGGCAGAUCAGAUCAUGAAUAAAGGGGAGAUGAAGAGAGGAAAAUGUUUAAUAUAAAGGUAUCUUAAAGGGGACCGACUCUGUUUAAAAAAAAAAAAUAUCUAUAUCUAAUCUCAUACCGUUUGUUGAUCACACAUUCUCUUCCGAAGCUCUCAUAUGGGCAGCAACACGAGACAGCGCAUGUUAUAGCGGUGUUUUGACAUGCGUAGGCGAGACGUGUUUUGAUAAUGCAACCAACCUAUGGAUUACAGAAUAAAGUUAGGAGUCAGGAUUUUGCGUUUCAGUGGGAUUUGGACGACGGAAGAAUAGCCUUGACUCUAUAUAAAGGCUACUAUGUGAGUCAAUAGAUACAUAAUGCUCAUGAUUUAGGCUACAUUAUUACAUGCUACAUUAUUACACGUUACAUUAUUACAUGCUACAUUAUUACAUGCUACAUAAUAACAUGCUACAUUAUUACACGUUACAUUAUUACAUGCUACAUUAUUACAUGCUACAUAAUAACAUGCUACAUUAUUACACGUUACAUUAUUACAUGCUACAUUAUUACAUGCAACAUUAUUACACGCUACAUUAUUACACGCUACAUUAUUACACGCUACAUUAUUACAUGCUACAUUAUUACACGUUACAUUAUUACACGUAACAUUUUUGACAUGCGUUUUUCUGGAUUUUUUUGUUGUUAUUCUGUCUCUCACUGUUCAAAUAAACCUAUCAUUAAAAUUAUAGACUGAUCAUUUCUUUGUCAGUGGGCAAACGUACAAAAUCAGCAGGGGAUCAAAUACUUUUUUCCCCUCACUGUAUGAAUGACAGUCGUCCAAUAUGCUGUAAUAGAAAUAAGGCCCUGCUCAUUAUAAAAAGUAUUGUCCUCCCUCAUCUUAAACGGCACCGACCGCUGCUACACACAAUACCCCAUAAUGUCAAAGUGGAAUUAUGUUUUUUUUUUUUUUUUUUUUUACAAAUUAAUAAAAAAUGAAAAGCUGAAACGUCUUGAGUCAGUAAGUAUUCAACCCCUUUGUUAUGGCAAGCCUAAAUGAGUUCAGGAGUAAAAAUGUGGUUAACAAGUCACAUAAUAAGUUGCAGGACUCUGUAAUAGUGUUUAACAGGAUUUGUUUAUGACUACCUCAUCUCUGUAUCCCACACAUACGAUUAUAUGUAAGGUCCCUCAGUCGAGCAGUGAAUUUCAAACACAGAUUCAACCACAAAGACCAGGGAGGUUUUACAAUGCCUCACAAAGUAGGGCACCUAUUGGUAGAUGGGUAAAAAAAUAAAGCAGACAUUGAAUAUCCCUUUAAGCAUGGUGAAGUUAUUAAUUACACUUUGGAUGGUGUAUCAAUACACCCAGUCACUACGAAGAUACAGGCGUCCUUCCAAACUCAGUUGCCGGAGAGGAAGGAAACUGCUCAGGGAUUUCAACAUGAGGCCAAUGGUGAAUUUAAAACAGUUACAGAGUUUAAUGGCUGUGAUAGGAGGAAACUGAUGAUAUAAUUUAUAUUUUUUUAGAUUUUUAGUCAUUUAGCAGACGCUCUUAUCCGGCGACUUUACAUGAGCAAUAGGGUUAGUGCCUUGCUCAAAGGGCACAUCGACAGAUUUUCACAUAGCGCUCGGGGAUUAGAACCAGCGACCUUUGGUUACUGGCACAACGCUCUUACCAACUAAGCUACCUGCCGCCCCAUGGUCAACAAAAUUGUAGUUACUCAAAUACUAACCACUUGACAGAGUGAAAAGAAGGAAGCCUGUACAGAAUACAAAUAUGCUAAAACAUACAUCCUGUUUGCAACAAGGCACUAAAGUAAUACUGCAAAAAAUUUGGCUAAGCAAUUAACUUUUUGUUAUAAAUGCAAAGUGUUAUGUUUGGGGGCAAAUCCAAUACAACACAUUACUGAGUACCACUCUCCAUAUUUUCAAGCAUAGUGGUGGCUGCAUCAUGUUAUGGGUAUGCUUGUAAUCAUUAAGGACUGGGGAGUUUUUCAGGAAAAAUAAUCAACGGAAUGGAGCUAAGCACAGGCAAAAUCCUAGAGGAAAACCUGGUUCAGUCUGCUUUCCACCAGACAGUGGGAGAUUAAUUCACCUUUCAGCAGGACAAUAACCUAAAACACAAGGCCAAAUAUACACUGGAGUUGCUUACCAAGAAGACCGUGAAUGUUCCUGAGUGGCCAAGUUACAGCUUUGACUUAAAUCUGCUUGAAAAUCUAUGGCAAGACUUGAAAAUGGUUGUCUAGCAAUGAUCAACAACCAAUUUGACAGAGCUUGAAAAUUUUGAAAAGAAUAAUGGGCAAAUAUUGUACAAUCCACGUGUGCAAAGUUCUUAGAGACUUACCCAGAGAUACUCACAGCUGUAAUCGCUGCCAAAGGUGAUUCUAACUCAAGGGUGUGAAUAUUUAUGUAAAUUAGAUAUUUCUGCAUUUCAUUUUCAGUAAAUUUGCAAGAAUUUCUAAAAACAUGUUUUCACUUUGUCAUUAUGGAGUAUUGUGCAUAGGGGUGAGAGAGAGAGAAAAAUAUAUUUAAUCCAUUUUGAAUUCAGGCUGUAAAACAACAAAAUAUGGAAUAUUUCAAGGGGUAUGAAUACUUUCUGAAGGACACUGUAUAUACUAAUCAGAUAGCACCAAAUGUUCUCUAAACACACCAGCCCGAGAGGCUUGUAGGAAUUCACAACAUCAGCUGCUACAGAAUCACACAGUGUGACAGAUACAUUAUCAGUGUGUCCCCGACCCAGAAUGGAGCCAAACUUUAACCAUAACAUUCAACACUGGCAGACAUUUUAUACUGUCAGUUAAACAGGUCAAAGGUAGGAACCUUUAAAGUAAAUCAAAUACAGGAGAGGAAUUACUCAACUAAUUACCCUUUACACCCAGAAACGGUAUUUCCAAGUUUGGUAUGUCCAUAUCAGCUUUCUUUUCUUCAUUCUACACAGGGAGGCUAUCGCACUGGGCACAACAGACUUUGCAGAGGAGGAUAUGGACAAAAUCAUGGAGGAGCUGGGGAGAGAUUUCAAGGGCAACGCCUACCAUCUAAUGCACAAGAACUGCAACCACUUCUCAUCCUCGCUGUCUGAGGUCAGUAGGAGAAACAUUCAUGCAAUUAUUCAACAUUUGUUUCAAUUUGAUCACACAUACAGUAUCUAAAAUAUAUUUACGUUUAUUGUGAAUAACUUGAUGACUGAUAACUGGAUAAUGUCAUAAGAGCUACACAACCAUUUUUUUUUUAAAAGGAGUAAUGCCUAUUGAAUAUAAAAUAUAUUUUGUGGAGUAUUUUGAAGUUGUAUUCAUUCUAUUCCAGCUGUUGUGUGGGCGUGAGAUCCCUCGCUGGGUGAACCGCCUGGCCUACUUUAGCUCCUGCGUGCCCUUCCUCCAGACCUGCCUCCCCAAGGAGUGGCUGACCCCCGCGGCCCUCCAGAGCCACAUCAGCAUGGGCCUCCACAAGGACGAGCGGGAAGCCGGGGAGUCCAGCGACGAGGACCCCAACUCGGCUUCCGGGACCGCUGGGGCGGGCACUGGACUCUCACACAGCUGUCGCCAUACACGGGUCUGAACCAAUGACUGUAGGUCUUAAGAGAAUAGCCAAUAGGACUCUCUUUCAAUUACCUUUGACCUCUGAACUCUGGACCAGAAGGUCACCAGGUCACCUCUGGAGGAAAUGUAGUGAUGUAAUAUCUGUGGGCCUGACUGAAUAACCCACCCUGACCUCUAAGUACCACUUUUGAGAACAGAGACAGGGAUGGAUGAUUAGUUAGACUGCUAGUGCUAACUCAUGGAGCCGCCGGUCCAGGGGACCUGCAAAAUCCACAGGUACUUGGAUCCUUUCCCUGGCUCUCUCCCUUUGAGAGUACGGUAGAUAUAUUCUGAAGGAUUUGUUAUAUAGGUGUUGACCAACUCAACUCAGAGCGUGACAUGGCUCUCUCUCUCAGAUCGACCACAGCUACGCGAUGUACUGGCAGGUCUGAGGUACUUUCUAGUAGUUGUCUUUUUCCAGGAACUUUUUAACUUUUGUCCGCCUUCAUCCCUGAUUCUCUCCUUCCAGAGCUGCUGCUUCUUUAGACUAGAUGUAUAUCUGACACCACGGAGAUACAGCUGUUGGUCGCAUCCCAAAUGGCUCCCUAU